CAUCCCACACCAACUCCAAGAAUCGGCUCGAUAAUCUCCGAAAAGUCAGACAACUGUUUUUCUAUAAGCAGCUCGACUGAUACCUUAAGUGACCCGAUGCUGACUCUGCAACUCGUGCGGUAGACAUAGUGUGCCGAAACUGUCGUAUCGGGGCCUUUGUUAUGGUUUUUUCGGGUCUUUCGAUGAUAGGGUUGGGUUGUGUGGCCUAAACUAUUGCAUGGCGGGUUUCAUGCACUGUUGUAUUGACGAUGAAUGAUUGCUUCAACUGCUGCCCAAAAGUAAAAAUGAUCCCCAUGAGAGGCUAGACAGGCCAAAAAGUCAGUUUAUUCGGUUCCUUCCUCUCUUCCUCUUUCCUUCCAUCUCAGAGCAAAAGGAGGAAGAAGAGGAAGAGGAGGACGACGAACCACAAACCAGAGGAAGAAGAAGGGAGAAACACUCCAGUCCUAAUGCAAGUUCUUGUCCCAAUCCCGACUACAUGGGAUUUUCUCCUCAUACUGUCUGCCUCCUUCCUCUUCUUCUUCUCCCCGGCCCUCUCUAACCCGAGAAUUGAGGAGGCAGGGCUGCAAUGCGUGAGCACGACGGCAAACCUCUCUCUCAGCAUGAUUCCCAACUUUGGGACCAUCAUGAGGUCGAUCCAAGACCAGGUCACAAACCAGCAGUGGGGAUCUGCCUCCAUCACUCAGCUACCGCCCGUGCUUUACGGGCUGGCCCAGUGCCACAGGGACUUGAACCAGUCAGACUGCCUGCUGUGCUAUGCUGAGAGCAGGACGAAGCUGCCUCGAUGCAUCCCGAGAGUAGGCCGCCUCUACCUCGAUGGCUGCUUUCUGCGCUUUGACAUCUACAACUUCUUCAAUGAAUCGGUCGACCCCAAACACGACAACUUUACAUGUGGGUCCCAAGCAGCCACCAACUCGACAGCGAGGCUCUUUGGGGAGAGAGUUGGGAAAGUCCUGGCGAAUGUGACGGGAACCGCCAUAGCAAACAAGGGCUAUGCAGUGGCAGGAGAGGAUGGUACUGCUGGUAAUUUAGGGGUCUAUGCCCUCGCACAGUGUUGGACCACCGUCAGCGAGAGCGGGUGUAGGGACUGUUUAGAGGAUGCAGCUGCGAAGGUAAAGGGCUGUGUGCCCAGGACCGAGGGAAGGGCCAUGAAUGCCGGGUGCUUCCUGAGGUAUUCCAAUCAGAAGUUCUACAGCGUGCCCAUCGAUGGAGGAUCAUCGAACCGGAGCAUCAUCAUCGUGAGUACUUCUAUUGCUGCUGCAGUUUCUUCACUCGUUAUAAUUGGAGUUUUCAUUGGAUACAGAAAACUAGCCAAGAGGAGACAAGCACGCAGGAACGCAAGUCGGUUACCUGGUUUUAUGAGCAAGUCCAAGUUGAACUUCAAGUAUGAGACGCUGGAAAAAGCCACGAAUUUCUUUGAUGACUCGAGGAAAUUAGGCCAGGGUGGGGCAGGGUCGGUCUACAAGGGGAUCCUCCCUAGUGGGAAAGUCAUCGCGGUGAAGAGACUAGUGUUUAAUACACGCCAAUGGGUUGAUGAUUUCUUCAACGAGGUGAAUCUGAUCAAUGGAAUCCAACACAAGAACCUUGUGAGGCUACUGGGUUGCAGUAUCGAAGGCCCAGAGAGCCUCCUCGUCUAUGAAUAUGUCCCGAAUCGGAGUCUAGAUCAGAUCCUUUUCACGGAUAAUGCAAUCCAUAUCUUAAAUUGGCACGAGCGGCUUCACAUAAUCAAGGGAACAGCUGAGGGGCUUGCUUAUCUACACACUGGCUAUGGGCUGAAAAUCAUCCACCGCGACAUAAAAACGAGCAACAUCCUUCUCGAUGAGAAAAUGACUGCAAAAAUCGCCGAUUUUGGACUUGUACGAUGUGUGGCCCCCGAUAGAUCUCAUCUUACCACUGGAAUUGCCGGGACACUGGGAUAUAUGGCUCCGGAAUACCUCGUUAGAGGACAGUUAACAGAGAAAGCGGAUGUUUACUCUUUCGGGGUACUGGUUCUUGAAAUUUUGACCGGUCGUAAGAACAGUGUAUUUGCUGAGGGGUUGGGCUCUGUAUUACAAUCAGUUUGGCGGGAUUACAAGUCGAGAAAUCUUCAUGAAUCUAUGGAUCCUGCCCUUGGGGAAGAUUUCCCUGAUAUGGAGGUGGCAAAUGUCCUCCAGAUAGGGUUACUUUGCACACAAGCUUCGGCUGAAUUACGACCUUCGAUGCCCGAAGUAGUUGAGAUGCUCAACAAUAAACACUGCGUGGUCCCCGACCCAAAACAACCUCCUUUUCUCAGUGCCAGCGUGCUAUCUUCCGACAACUCCACAAGAAGCUCAAGCACUGGGGUCACGAACAGACUGUCAGAAAUCUCAUUCGCGUACACUGCUAGGUCAUCUGUCCAGGAGAGCCCCCAAUCCAACAGCCAAAUCACCGAUGUGUCAGGGCCUCGGUAGGAUUGGCUACAACAGACUAGGAUUAUUCUUUUGUACAUCAAAACAGAAACACUGUUUAGGGAAAGUUUGCGGCAGCAGCAUUGCUCGAGAAGAUCAAUCCAUCGGACAACAAAGUGCAUUCACCGACUUUUGCUGAGGAACAGGAAGGGAAAUUUUCACAGCUUUUCAGGUUCUCUUUCUUCUUACGGUUUGCUUCUCCUUGACGUCAGAUUUGGUUUUUCUGUUAAGGUUUCUAUGGAGUUUUUUGGAAUGGCGUUGUUAUAGCAAUAGACAGAGCAUAGUCAUUACAAACACAAUGUGAAAAAGAACAGAAUGAACAGCUCAACUCUUUUACAUUGUUCAAUUAUGUGAUAGAA